GCUGAGGUGGCCAGGUCUCGGCCAAACAAAUCCCCGGCUGAUUUCGCGGGAUUCUCUUUUCCAGCAUCGGCCAAGCUUGCUGCUCGACCUUCUCGAAAAUUAUUCCGCGUCACCAUCCCGGCCAUCGAACCACCCACUUGGCUUUUCUGCUUGGAGCUUUUGGUUUUCCUCCCUCUCGAGCAGAUCUCUGCACUCAAUCUUCCUAGGCGGAGCAGCCAGUUAGCGGCAGGCUGUGAGCUUCGUGCACAAGAUUGCUUUGCUUGGUACGGCCUGCCUCCCUUUGGCACCCUGCACAUUGCUGCAUGACCAAUUAUCUGACUUCAACUCGCCUCGAAUACAGCUUCGGUCCCGAUAUGUUAUGCAUCACAAUCAGUCUUCGGUGAAUUUAGGGUUUGGCACCGCAAUCUCUCGAGGUAAUGCUGGAACGGGCUGCCGGAUGCCUUGAGAACGCAGGACGGCGUUUCUUCCGGGAUCCUAAUGGCGCAAUUCGAGGUCGGGGCUCGAUAUAUUCAGCUCUCGGGCAGUACACUAGCGCGGGGACGGAUCUUUUGGUCUUACUACAGCCACCGCAACGAUCCGCGUCCAAUAAUUCAAACGCCUCAUCAACAACGGGAAGGACAGCCACGGAUCCACGGCCCCCCGUCCUCGAGUUCCUCUAUCCACCACGCACACAGGAGUUUAUAGCGUCAUGCCUGCUACGCUCCCCGAGAAGGCUCGUCCCGCGACGCAGGAAGAAGGCCAUUCCUGGCCUUUCCCGAAACUACUCUACGGAAGCUGCCGGUCUAGAUCGGAGUGUCGAGACCGAGAGCCAAUUAUUCGACGACUCUGUUGAGAUUAUUGCCGACGAGGACCGCGCUUUGGCCAAAGAUGAGCUACGAGAGAUGCUAGAUGACGAUGAAUUUCAGGACUACGACGAAGCAUGGGCUCUUUAUUCGAAAGCCGGCCACCCUCUCGACCUGGCUUCGGCAUUACUUGCAAGUCUUAGCCGCUCGGAUCGAGAGCUCGAUAGCAAAAGAGCUAAGCGACUGCUCAGUUCAAUACCUGCCGAGGCGCGGUCCUCUGAGGAUUUCAUGCACCUGGCUAAAUCUUAUUUGACCGUGGGAAAUUUUCUGGAUGCGAAUGAAACAUGCCGGGAAGCGAUUUCUCAUGGCCGCGGCCUGUCAUGCUGGUCAUUUUCUUUUGCACACAUUAUCAACAAUGAGCAGUGGGACUGGGUGCAAGAUAUCUGGGAUUCAAGGCCUUCGUGCGAGGAGACUGAUCUCUGGCGUUCUGUUGCCUCUUGGCUAAUCUCAUCUUCCAUACAAAAGCCCUUGCUUUCAUUGGCAGAUUACUUACAAGAUCAGAGUGAUGAUAGCCCAGUACGCAAUAUUGCUCGUUUCUUACUGGAUUAUGUCUUCGCCAGCGCAGACUUUGCUGAAGCCACCCCGACAGAAACCCUUCUAAUACUCCUGCAAAAACUCAACAAUUUGGAUCUAGUCAGUGUCCAGAACUAUCUUAGCCUCAUCAGGACCCUCCAGGCAUCCGAGCACCGCCCGACGUUUGUUCGAUCCAUCGUGGUUUACCGGAACUUUCGUUGGCAGAUGGAAGAGGAAAUUCCGCCCGCAAAGCUUCUUGGUCAGCUCUUGAGACGUCUGGCUUCAUUUGAGAUUACCACUGGUAUCUUGUAUUUUCUGGAUGAGCUUGCUUGGUUUCAUCGCAAGCCAUCGGUGGACGCUUAUAAGCAGGCACUUAUAGCCUUUUCGAGGGCCGGUGAUGUGACUAACGUCCACCAUGUAUUCGAGAGACUCGUUUCAGACCACGGAAACCCACGAAGCCGUAGACUCUUGUCGCCACUUCUUUACGUUUACGCUAGAAUUGGCGAUGUCCAAGAGACCACGCGCCAGUUCCGAAGGAUCUCCGAAGAGUUCGGCCUCGAGCCAGAUACUGUGUGUUGGAAUAUUCUGCUCACAGCUUAUUCCAAAGCGGGCAAUCUCACAGGGACCUUUACCACGUUCAAGCAAAUGCUUGACAAGGGUAUUGAACCCAACCCGCAUACUUUUGGUACAAUGAUGGGUCUUUGUGCCAAUCGGGGUGAUGUCGACCAUGUCCGGGAUCUGUUGGACUUGGCCCAACAAUACAAGGUACAGAUAACGGCGCCGUUGAUCGAUACAGUCGUGGAGGCCUACUGCAACAAUCAAGAAUGGGACAUGGCUGAGAACGUUGCGGAGACUUGCCUCGGGUUGGAUGUCAAGGGCUCUCGAGUGAGAAUGUGGAACAUCUUACUCUGGAACUACGCGUUUAGGAUGGACCUGGAAGGCAUUUCCAGAGUUCGCGCGCGCAUGGAUGCAGCAGGGCUGCAGCCUGACGAUAUGACUUAUGCCGCUCUCAUGCUCAGUCUGGUGCUCAUUGGUCAGACGGAUUCUGCCCGUCGCAUCCUUCGUACGCUUCACCGAGGCCGUCGAGUGUAUGCUACCGAGUUCCAUUACGCAGUCAUCCUGUAUGGUUAUCUAAGGGAUCGGAAUCGGGACAUGGUUCAUAUUGUCUUCCGUGAAAUCAAGGAGCGAUUCAACCAGCCAGGACUUGGCUCAAGGCUGCUUGUCCUCCGGAGUCAGAUCCAGCGAGAUUUGCAGCUCGUGGCACACGGUGGUAAGGCCGGGAUUAAUGCAAGUCUUCGCCUCGAAAACUCGGAGAAGUUCCUUGCAGAGGUUCUCGCAGAUUACCACACUACCAAACUGGCGACAAAGUAUCCCUUGCUGGGUUCUGGCAGGAUGUCUGCCAGGAAGGCUUUCCCUGCUGUGUACUACGAAUACAUCAUCUCUGCCUAUGGCAUGAAGGGGGCCUAUAAAUCGGCUCGGAAGCUGUUCGAUGAAUAUAUUGCCAGUCAACCGAUCAGAGACCCGGAAAAUGACCAUGACAUCGCGCCACUCCGCCUGCUGUCUGCGUUGAUGCGCGCACACUUGAAGGCUGAACAAUAUGACAAGGUCGAAGAAUGCUGGAACUUGGUCUUCCCUCGCGCUUUGAAGAUCGCCAGCCCCAGUUCCCCUGAGAUUGACGAGUGGCUUUCUGCUCAGCUUAAUCCAGCCACCCCACCCCUUCCCUCUCAUGCGGAGCUCGUGGUAAAUGUCGACAGUGAGGCCAAAUUUGCCGAGAAGGAGAAGCCCUCGAUCUUACCGGCGUACCGCUUCAUGCUAUCUCGCCCCCUCUCGUUGUAUAUGCGUUCUUUGGCUUAUGGGAACGAGGUCUGGAAGAUCUCCGAUGUUAUCGCAAAUUACGUCGAGGCAGGCUUCUCAAUGACAACCUUCAAUUGGUCCACCUUCGUGCAGAUGCUCGCAUCUUCAGACAGAUUGUCCGAUCAAGUCGAAGCCUUCUCUGUUUUCGAGGAAAAGUUUAUGCCAAACUUUCCUGGAUGGAAUAAUCUUCGUCGAGGAUAUGGUCGAAGGCCUCCUGAGGUGCCUGCUACCAUCGAUGCGAUGGAGGAUCCGAGACGCGCCAAGCCUCCUAAUGUGCUAGGAAAAGAGAGCCGGCGAUACUGGAGCAAAAUGCAGCCAGAUUUCAUGCAGCCCACUUACGUGUCCAUGGUAUAUCUGGCUGCUGCCUUGCAGCGGCUGCGUGAAAGAAGUAUUUACUAUGGGGGAACGGAUCUCCAAGCUAUCUAUGAUGCUGCACCAAUGACUGUCGCAGCAGUUGCCGAGAUGCCUUACCUUCGUGAAAAGUUCCAAGGUGUGCUGCUUCGACGUCGGCAGGAGCAAGGUGAUAACCUGGACGAUGCCCUUGGACGCGAUCACUUCGUAUGGACAGGCGGUAUUCUUGGAGUGGGCGGUCAGGCCAGAUCUGACUCGCAAGUUGAGCCGGUCCCUGAAUCCACUGAGGAAGAUAGAGGUGCGACUGAAGAAGAGAGCACCGCCUCUAAGGAAACCGACGAGCCUUCCCCCAUCGCGGUCCGUUCUGAUGAGGCCGCUGCCCAAUAUUCCGAGGCUGAACCAUCUCCCUUCAAAAAGACCAUCGACUACCCAGACGAAUAUGACAUUGAGGCCGAGACUCUCCUAGAAGAGAGGGACAAGGAAAUGGGAACGAAGGAGGAACUGAUGGAUGAUGAGAGUCUCGUGGAAUACGAUGACGAAGAUGAAGACGACGACCUGGAGGAGUCGGAGUUUGAAGAGGAAGAAGAGGGAGAAUACGAAGAAGAAGAGGAAGAUUACCUUGAUGCCGACGACCAGGACGAUAUGUACGACCCUGAAGGCGAGGAGGAGACCAGAUAGACGUGUAUUUUUAGGAUGUGCUCCAUGUAGGGGUCGGGUGUUCUGGUUUGACGUGUAUAUAUAUCUGUGUAUAAAGACUUGAAUGUACAGUACUACCAAAGCCUAUUGAGAGCUCCUCC